CUACUUCCGGUCCGUUCAAAAAGCCCGCGAGGCUGAGGGGCGGUUGUUGUUGGCAGCUGUGGCUAAGGAGGGUAGAACUUCUGCUCCCCGCCCGGCUUCUCUUCUGCGUUUCCCCGGCUAGGGGGCGUGGGGAGUGGUUUUAGGCGGAGAAGCCGCUCGGCAGCACCUCCUUCCUUCUUUGCCAGGCAGACGCCCGUUGUAGCCGUUGGGGAACCGUUGAGAAUCCGGUAACCGAUGCGGACGGUAAAGCCGUUUGGGUUAGAGCGGCGCGGGUGUCCAGUCCGCGGAACCGGGAGAUCAUUGGCACCUUCGCUUUUUUAGGGGAACGGGGAUAGUUCGCCAUGGAGCCAGAGAGGGAAGGGACCGAGAGACACCCCAGGAAGGUCAGGGAAAGGAGGCAGGCCCCAAAUAAGCUGGUCGGGGCGGCUGAGGCGAUGAAAGCCGGUUGGGAUCUCGAGGAGAGUCAGCCCGAGGCCAAGAAAGCCCGCUUAUCUACCAUUUUAUUUACUGACAACUGUGAAGUAACCCAUGACCAGCUGUGUGAAUUGCUGAAGUAUGCAGUUCUGGGCAAAUCCAAUGUUCCAAAACCCAGCUGGUGCCAGCUUUUUCAUCAAAACCACCUCAACAACGUAGUGGUUUUUGUUCUGCAGGGAAUGAGUCAGCUACACUUUUACAGGUUCUAUUUGGAGUUUGGAUGUCUUCGAAAAGCAUUCAGACAUAAAUUCCGCUUGCCUCCACCAUCAUCUGAUUUUCUAGCUGAUGUUGUUGGGCUACAAAUUGAACAAAGAGCUGGAGAUCUGCCCAAGACAAUGGAAGGGCCUUUACCUUCUAAUGCAAAAGCCGCCAUCAACCUUCAGGAUGAUCCCAUCAUUCAAAAGUAUGGCUCUAAGAAAGUGGGCUUGACCAGAUGCCUUCUGACAAAGGAGGAAAUGAGAACGUUUCACUUUCCAUUACAAGGUUUUCCUGAUUGUGAAAACUUUUUACUUACCAAAUGUAAUGGUUCUAUAGCAGACAAUAGUCCUCUCUUUGGACUUGACUGUGAAAUGUGCCUCACAUCCAAGGGGAGAGAGCUAACACGCAUCUCACUGGUUGCUGAAGGAGGCUGCUGUGUUAUGGAUGAACUGGUCAAACCCGAAAACAAGAUUCUGGACUACCUCACCAGCUUUUCGGGAAUCACGAAGAAGAUUCUUAACCCAGUGACGACCAAACUCAAAGAUGUACAGAGGCAGUUAAAAGCACUGCUUCCUCCUGAUGCUGUGUUAGUGGGCCACUCCUUAGAUUUGGAUCUCAGAGCACUGAAAAUGAUACAUCCAUAUGUUAUUGAUACAUCAUUGCUUUAUGUCAGAGAGCAGGGCAGAAGAUUUAAGCUAAAGUUCUUAGCCAAAGUUAUUUUGGGGAAGGAUAUACAGUGUCCAGACAGACUUGGUCAUGAUGCCACAGAAGAUGCUAGAACAAUCCUUGAAUUGGCUCGGUAUUUCCUUAAGCAUGGCCCAAAAAAGAUUGCAGAACUAAAUCUAGAAGCACUAGCUAAUCACCAAGAAAUACAAGCAGCAGGCCAAGAGCCUAAAAACACAGCAGAAGUACUUCAGCACCCAAACACAAGUGUUUUAGAAUGCUUGGAUUCAGUGGGUCAGAAGCUUCUUUUUUUGACCCGGGAGACAGAUGCUGGUGAACUUCCAUCUUCCAGAAAUUGUCAAACUAUUAAGUGUCUUUCAAAUAAAGAGGUUCUUGAGCAGGCCAGAGUGGAAAUCCCCCUGUUUCCCUUCAGCAUUGUUCAGUUCUCUUUUAAGGCCUUUUCACCUGUCCUCACUGAGGAGAUGAACAAAAGGAUGAGGAUCAAGUGGACAGAGAUAUCAACUGUCUAUGCUGGGCCAUUUAGCAAAAAUUGCAAUCUCAGGGCUCUGAAGAGGCUGUUUAAGAGCUUUGGCCCAGUCCAGUCAAUGACUUUUGUUCUUGAAACCCGUCAGCCUCAUCUCUGUAUACAGUAUGAAGUCCUAGAAGCUGCCCAGCUGGCCAUAGAGUCCUUGGAUGGUAUUCUGGUAGAUGGUAUCUGCAUCAAGGUGCAGAGGCCUGUGACAGAGCUCACGCUUGACUGUGACACCCUCGUGAAUGAGCUGGAAGGAGAUUCUGAAAACCAAGGCUCUAUAUAUCUGUCUGGAGUGAGUGAAACCUUCAAAGAACAGCUAUUGCAGGAGCCCCGCCUCUUUCUUGGCCUGGAAGCUGUGAUCUUGCCUAAAGAUCUUAAAAGUGGAAAGCAGAAAAAAUACUGUUUCCUGAAAUUCAAAAGUUUUGGCAGUGCCCAGCAGGCCCUCAACAUUCUCACAGGCAAGGACUGGAAGCUGAAAGGCAGGCAUGCCCUAACCCCCAGGCACCUCCAUGCCUGGCUCAGAGGCUUACCACCUGAAUCAACAAGGCUCCCAGGGCUUCGUGUUGUACCUCCCCCCUUUGAACAGGAGGCCUUGCAGACUCUGAAACUGGACCACCCGAAGAUAGCAGCCUGGCGCUGGAGCCGGAAGAUUGGAAAGCUCUACAACAGCUUGUGCCCGGGCACUCUCUGCCUCAUCCUGCUGCCAGGAACCAAGAGCACUCAUGGUUCACUCUCUGGCCUAGGACUGAUGGGAAUAAAAGAGGAAGAAGAAAGCGCUGGCCCAGGCCUGUGUUCAUGAGUCGGCCUGCCAUGUUUCCAUGUGCCAUUUCUUAUCCCUUGUAGGCAAUGGCAAAGAAUGUGGUCAGGCUGUAGCCUCCCCAACCAGCAGACAGCUUUAUGGAAACUUGGUAUAGCAGCUAAAAGAGUUUAGUUUGUUUAUAUGGCAUGUAUAAGAUUUCAAUAAAUGCCUAAAGUUCAAGCAUAGUA